GGAGGCUUCGCUGGGCUCUGCAGCGGGGACUUCGGUGGCGGCUCCCCAGGCACCUCGGCCCUGUUUCUGGCUGACUGAGAAGUGUCGCCGUCCCACAGCGGGAAGACUGGAGGGUGGCCCUGAGGGGCUCCAGGCCCAGCUCAGAGGAGUCACAGGGCGGUCUCCGGGCAGUGAGUGGCUCCUGGGGCUCCAUGGAUUUCCUCUGUUUGCCUCCCUUUGACUGGAGAGGGUGACAAGAACGGAGUAAGUGCAGAGAGGACACGAUGAGGCGAGUGGUACGACAGAGCAAGUUUCGGCAUGUAUUUGGACAAGCGGUGAAGAAUGACCAGUGUUAUGAUGAUAUCCGGGUUUCUCGUGUGACCUGGGAUAGUUCCUUUUGCGCUGUCAAUCCCAGAUUUGUUGCCAUAAUCGUAGAAGCGAGCGGGGGAGGAGCGUUCCUGGUGCUCCCUUUGCACAAGACUGGACGAAUUGACAAAUCCUACCCUACAGUAUGUGGCCACACAGGACCCGUGCUCGACAUCGACUGGUGCCCACAUAACGAUCAGGUCAUUGCCAGCGGUUCAGAGGACUGCACGGUUAUGGUAUGGCAGAUCCCAGAAAAUGGACUCACCCUUUCCCUGACCGAACCUGUGGUGAUUCUAGAAGGCCACUCAAAGAGAGUUGGUAUCGUGGCCUGGCACCCGACAGCCCGGAACGUGCUUCUCAGCGCAGGUUGUGACAAUGCCAUCAUCAUCUGGAAUGUGGGGACGGGGGAAGCCCUUAUAAACUUGGACGACAUGCAUGCAGACAUGAUUUACAAUGUCAGCUGGAACCGGGAUGGCAGCCUGAUCUGCACAGCCUCCAAAGACAAGAAAGUGAGAGUUAUCGAUCCUAGGAAGCAAGAGAUUGUUGCUGAGAAGGAGAAAGCACAUGAAGGAGCAAGACCCAUGAGAGCCAUCUUUCUGGCUGAUGGGAAUGUCUUUACCACGGGUUUCAGCCGCAUGAGCGAGCGGCAGCUGGCUCUCUGGAAUCCGAAAAACAUGCAGGAACCAAUUGCUCUUCAUGAAAUGGACACUAGCAAUGGGGUGUUGCUGCCCUUCUAUGACCCUGACACCAGUAUCAUUUACUUAUGUGGAAAGGGUGACAGCAGCAUCCGCUAUUUUGAGAUCACGGAUGAAUCCCCAUAUGUCCACUACCUCAACACCUUCAGCAGCAAGGAGCCUCAGAGAGGCAUGGGUCACAUGCCCAAGAGGGGCCUUGAUGUCAACAAAUGUGAGAUUGCCAGAUUCUUCAAACUUCACGAGAGAAAGUGCGAGCCUAUUAUCAUGACUGUCCCCAGGAAGUCUGACCUGUUCCAAGAUGACCUGUACCCUGACACGGCGGGGCCCGAAGCGGCGCUGGAGGCGGAAGAGUGGUUUGAGGGCAAGAACGCGGACCCAGUCCUCAUCUCCUUGAAGCACGGAUACAUUCCAGGCAAAAACAGGGAUCUCAAGGUGGUCAAGAAGAACAUUCUGGAUAGCAAGCCCAGUGCAAACAAGAAGUGUGACCUGAUCAGCAUCCCCAAGAAAACUGCAGACACGGCCAGUGUGCAAAAUGAAGCCAAGUUGGAUGAGAUUUUAAAAGAGAUCAAAUCUAUAAAAGACACAAUCUGCAAUCAAGAUGAACGUAUUUCGAAGUUAGAACAGCAGAUGGCGAAGAUAGCAGCCUGAAGGUCCACCCCCCACCCCCAAAAUGGGAGCAAGGACUUGUGCUCGUGGCUGGUUGUCGAUGUGGUCCCAGGGAGGGCGAAAGGGAGGCACUGCCCUUGGGAGACAUUCCAUUUCAGAUUGUUAACCAGCGAUAGGCCACAUUCCAGGAAGAACUCAAUUCGUCUCCCAAAUUUGCAGAAACAAAAUGUGAUUUAAAAGCUGAGCUUUUUAUCAGAAAGCUUUUUUGAUGUUUUAAGUGUUAUGUGACUUGUUGAACUUUUAAAAGACAAAAGUGCUACUUUUAAAAUCCCAGAUAUUCUGAAUUUUAGAAAACCAACCAAUUCUGAUUCAGUGUCGUGCCCAAGUACCUUUUUUUACAAACAGGGACCAAUGCCACAUUGCUUUUUAUAUUUCUUUUUUUUUUAAAUGUUGCCAAAACCAAAAGUAGUAGCUUUUUUUCUUUGUAUUUUGCUACCUUGCAGUAUUUGUGUGUGGGUUUUAUUUUUUCCUUAAUUUGAAAGGGACAGCACUGUGUAUGUUUAUAAACUAAAUGAAGAUAAGAUAUUAUUUUGUAUCAACGUUCACCUGAAAACAAUCUGAGCAGUAGGCACAUCGUGCCGGCUCGUUCGCAGCGCAGACCUGGUCAUCUUAGUGACUGUACAAAAGGAAGACUCGAAAAAUCACGUGGAUUCGUAUUCCCACCCCUCUCAUUUCACUGAGUCUUCUGAUCAAAAAAGCUCCAGAGCGUAUCAUUUCCUUUCUUUCUCUUUUCUAGAAGUUGGGUGGUUGUAGCAGAACGGAAUUCUGCUUCAUGGUUAUCCUGUGCUUCAGAUGAUUACACUCUAGCCUAACUAGCACGUGUGUCUGCAGUGUCGUUACACAGAGAACCGCUGCCCUCAUCCCCUUAACAUCGGGCUUCAGGUCUGGGCCAGUGCUCGACUAGACGUGCCGGGACGAGAGGACGCACGCACUGUUGAGUGUCCUUCUCACCUAUUUCAGCAGCUUGCCCAGCACCUGAGUACGCUGGGGCGCUGAGAAGUAGGGGCCUUGGAGGGGAGGGUUUGCCUGUGUGACCCUCCGCUUUCCCGCCUGUCCCCUGCUGUCCUGGGCUGGGCCGUGCUGCAGGGAGAAGGGCUCUCCCUGUGCCUCCCUCCCUCCUCGCCGUGCACUGCCUCGCUCACGGUUCCUUCCUGCCCUUUGGCUCUAACCGUUCAGCUGAGGUGAGGCCAGAGGUGCUGUUGGAUCCUGAGGCUGAGAAGAAUGGUCUAGAAGGAAGCACGACGAGGAGUGCAGACCUCUGCUGUAGCUUUAACAUGUACAGACAUGUCCAUCUGCCCCUCUGCAUAGACUAACCUGCUGCGCCCUCCAGCUCGCACCCAGCUGUGUCACAGCAGACGCCCCCCACUCAGGCGGGCCGGAGGCUGAGCCCUGGUCCCCUGCUCUGUUCCUUGGUCAGCUAGGCCUUCUCUCCGUUUCCAUUUUCUCGUGCAUGCUUGAGAAGCAGGAUUUAAGGAGCUUCUGUUCUGGAAUGGCUGAGUGUCUGUGAUGGAACAUGGAGCAUAGAGGGUCAUUGGGACCAUAAUGGGCCCACUUUUGCACAUGCUCGUGCUGGUAUGGGGCUGGAACUGGCUGGAAGCGUCUGUGCACUGGCAGCAAGGCUGGAGGCAGAGUGUGGUGACAGCGGGUUAGAAUGCAGCCAAGCUGGGGGUGAUGUUGCGUAGAAAAGGUACCGUGUUCUUAACCCAUACUGGGAACACUGUCUCCACAAUUUCAGGGCAUCUGAGUGUUUGGUGUGGUUUUUUUGUGUGUGUGUGUAUAUGUGUGUUUUUAAUAUUGAAGUGGAUAAUGAGAUACAAAGAAAACAAUAAUUACAGUGACUUAUAUUCCAAUCUGGACAUGUUUAUCAGCAUAGUCUGCUGAGGACCUUCAUUUUGAAGAUUCAAAAAUAUUUUACAGUUCUAGUAUCAAAUUAAGUAAGUAAACAAAAUUGUUGUUGUUGGUGAAGCACCAUCAGGAGCGUGGUUCAGAGAGAAGAGGGCGGGCAAGGAGAGGUUACCCUGGUCCUAGUGUGCAGCUUACGGCUGACUUAACGAGCGGGUGCCCCGCCAGGCUCAGAAUCGGCGCCUGAAGCAUUGUGGGCUGUUUGUCCUGUUUUGUCUUUUCUUUAAGCCGUGCUAUCCCGGAGGAGAACCAGUGCAUUACUCCUAGAUCGGCUCUUAUAGAGCAGCCAUGGUGUUCUGUCAAAACACUUGCUUCCAUUUUCAAAGAUAAAAAAUCAUUGACUACAAAA